GUCAGGUAGGUGACUGAUUCUCUGGGAUCAGCGUCGAUUCUUGUCGCUAACAACAGCGUAUAAACAGCCGCACACCAGACAGUUUCCACAAAAGUUUACGAGCUAGUCUCAGCUCAGCGUCUAAGACGGUAAAGAUGUGGACGUUCGUGUUCUUGGUCUUGGCUGUGGUCGCCAGCCCGGUCCAGUCACAAGGGAAUUGCUGUGGAAACAUCCUGCGGCUAGAGACAGAGCAGGUUGACCAGUCCACCGGGUACAGGGUUCCCGACGGCUGGACCAUGUGCUACAUCGACCAGCGCGAUACUGCCUACCACAACACCCGGUGUCGGGAUCUGCUCCAGGGAAUUCCCCAGUACGGAGACGCCCAACAUCUGCUCGCAGCAGGGGGAAACUUCGGAUGCUGGCACGGCGACACCGGCGCUUCUCCCGGACCGGCAUACGCAUCGAAUAACGUCAUUCAGAACAGCUGCCGAGACAACAUCCAGCAGACCAACCUUCUGUCGUCAUGGAGUCCGAGCACAACAACGUUUGGUGUCUGUAUCAAGGGCAUCACAUGCGAUAUCGAUGACUGUAUCAGCGCCCCCUGUCAGAAUAACGCUACAUGUCAGGACGGGUUGAACAGCUUUACCUGUCAGUGUGUGCCUGGAUAUACCGGAACUCUCUGUGAAACAGAUAUCGAUGAGUGCAGCAGCGCCCCCUGUCAGAAUGACGCUACAUGUCAGGACGGGUUGAACAGCUUCACCUGUCAGUGUGUGCCUGGAUAUACCGGAACUCUCUGUGAAACAGAUAUCGAUGAGUGCAGCAGCGCCCCCUGUCAGAAUGACGCUACAUGUCAGGACGGAGUGAACAGUUUCACCUGUCAGUGUGUGCCCGGGUAUGCCGGAACUCUCUGUGAAACAGAUAUUGACGAGUGUGCGAGUAGUCCGUGUUUAGGAGGCGGAACUUGUGUGGAUCACGUGAACGGCUACAGCUGUGUCUGUCCUAAAGGUCAUGUGGGAGACAAGUGUGAAAUGGUCCCUUACGCUGAGGGAUGCCUGCUGUUCUCCUCCGAUGCCGUGUCCUAUCCCGAAGCGAGCCAGGAGUGCCAGACCAGGGGAGGGCACCUGGUGGAUGUGAAGGAGGCCGAGCUGCAGCGGCUCAUCGCUAAUACCAUCCCUACCGGAAGUGACGUGUCCCCGUGGACUGGACUAAAGCUCUCUCCCGGAGUGAUGACCUACACAGACGGAUCCGGCGUAUCAGGCCACCUCCAGUGGUCGGCCAAUGAGCCCGCCACCUCCUGUGAUCUGUGUGCUUACCUGGAUAGCACGGACGACUGUCGCGCUCGCACCGCCUCGUGUAUGGAACAGCAUCACUACGUGUGCCAGUCUGACUCAAAGCCCUGCCAGCAGAACAUCUGCUUCAACAACGGCUUCUGUUCGACCUGCUUUAACGACUCUUACAGCUACUGUUCCUGUCUGCCUGGAUACGAGGGAGACAUCUGCAAUAUGGAUGUCAAUGAAUGCGCCUCCAAUCCUUGUGCAAAUGGCGGAACCUGCAUCAAUGGUGUGAACUCCUACCACUGCCACUGCACUGUAGGGUACGGAGGGGAGACCUGCCUGACAGAUCUGGACCUGUGUGCCCAGGUGGAAUGUCCGUUCAACUGGCAGUGUCAGGACCACGGAGACCAUUUCAUCUGCCUGGCUGGAAUGACCAGGCUGGCGGAGCCCUACUCGUGCAGCAGCGCCUCCUGUCCGGACGGCAUGUACUGCAGGGAGGAGGGGCCGGCAUCUUUCUCCUGCAGAGCCGGGUGGAGUCUCAGCUCAACGCCACAGACAGUAAAGAUGUGGACACUCCUGUUCUUGAUCUUGGCUGGGGUCACCUGUCCGGUCCAAGCGCAAGGCGGAACGUACUUGACUACGUAUUUAGGCUACGACUACUUCAAAGUGCCCGUCUUUGGGCAGAUGUCAAGCGCAAACGUCAAGGCAGCCUGUGACGCCGCUGGUUACGUCACACCGUGUCCCGGGGACGGGAACUGCUAUCAUUCGUCAUACGACUGUGUCCAGACCGGGCUUACUGCAUGCACCUUUUCAAUGAACGAAGUAUCCCAAGUUCUGUGCGGUAGCGAUCCCCGGUAUUGCCCUGCGAUGGACGGAGUGUACAGCAUUUAUAACGACAACUGGGCUUCUGGCUCUGCCUGUGGUGUGGAGGGUGGCAGAUGGUGCACGAUCGGGAAUGACUACUACGACCGCUUCGCCUUCUGCGCCCGAGAUGUACACGUGUGCAGCAGCGCCCCCUGUCAUAAUGGAGCUACAUGUCAGGACGGAGCGAACAGCCUUACCUGUCGGUGCGCACCUGGGUAUACUGGACUUCACUGUGAAACAAAUAUUGAUGAUUGCAGCAGCGCCUCCUGUCAAAAUGGAGCUACCUGUCAGGACGGAGUGAACAGCUUCACCUGUCAGUGUGCGCCUGGGUUUACUGGAACUCUGUGUGAAACGGUCCCAUACCCUGGCGGCUGCCUGCUGUUCUCCUUCGAUGCCGUGUCCUAUCCCAAAGCGAGCCAGGAGUGCCAGACCAGGGGAGGGCACCUGGUGGAUGUGAAGGAGGCCGAGCUGCAGCGGCUCAUCGCUGACUCCAUCCCUACCGGAAGUGACGUGUCCCCGUGGAUCGGACUGAAGCUGUCGCCGGGGGUGAUGACCUAUGCUGAUGGGACCAGUGUUUCAGGCCAGCUCCAGUGGCUGCCCAAUGAGCCUACUACGUCCUGUGACCUGUGUGCUUACCUGGACAGCAACAACGGUCAUCUGGCCGCAACCGCCUCCUGUAUGGAACAGCACCACUACGUCUGCCAGUCAGAUGCUUCGCCGUGCCAACAGAACAUUUGUAACAACGGCUCCUGUUCGACCUGCUUUAACGGCGCCUACAGCUUCUGUGACUGUCUGAACGGAUAUGAGGGGGACCUCUGCAAUAUAGAUAUUGACGAAUGCUCCUCCAAUCCUUGUCAAAACGGCGGAGUUUGCUCCGAUGGCGUCAACUCUUACACGUGCAGCUGCCCUGCUGGAUACUUCGGAGACCACUGUGAAAUGGAUCUGGACCUGUGUGCCCAGGUGGCCUGUCCGUUCAACUGGCAGUGUCAGGACCACGGAGACCAUUUCAUCUGUCUGGCCAGGAGCUUCAAGCUGCUGGAGCCCUACUCGUGCAGCAGCGCCUCCUGUCCGGACGGCAUGUACUGCAGGGAGGAGGGGCCGGCAUCUUUCUCGUGCAGAGCCGGGUGACGUCAUGACGAGUCUAACCUGCAACAAGACGGACCGGAAACGGAACACGGACAAAAACCUGCUGACAAAAACACAAAUUGAGCUAAAGCAAACCCCUAAUUCUUCUUAUUCAACCUUUUGCUGUAGGCAUGCUAGUGGGUUAAGAAGAGGCAAGAUGCGUAACACACCAGUGUGACUAUCUGUGAGACUUCGUGUGUGCACUACGAUAGUUUCCAGCAUUCUAAAUUUAAUGCUAUGUAAGUGAGAUGGCAACGAGAUUUAAAAUUUAAAUACUUUCAUUGCAACGACAUAUACAUAAUGUAACAUCAUACUUUCUUUAACAACUGUACACCGUCUGGAAAGAUGA